CGCAGCCGGGAGACUCUGCAGGAUCUGAGCCCCGGAGCAUCUGAGCGGUGAACUCUUCAAGUCUUCGAUUUUAAAAAAAUGGCCUCCAAUAAAACUACAUUGCAAAAAAUGGGAAAGAAACAGAAUGGAAAGAGUAAAAAAGUUGAAGAGGCUGAGCCUGAAGAAUUUGUGGUAGAAAAAGUACUGGACCGGCGUGUAGUGAAUGGGAAGGUGGAGUAUUUCCUCAAGUGGAAGGGGUUCACAGAUGCUGAUAAUACUUGGGAACCAGAAGAAAAUUUAGAUUGUCCAGAAUUAAUUGAAGCAUUUCUUAAUUCUCAAAAAGCUGGUAAAGAAAAAGAUGGUACAAAAAGGAAAUCUUUAUCUGACAGUGAAUCUGAUGAUAGCAAAUCGAAGAAGAAGAGAGAUGCUGCUGACAAACCAAGGGGUUUUGCCAGAGGUCUUGAUCCUGAACGAAUAAUUGAUGCCACAGACAGCAGCGGAGAAUUAAUGUUUCUCAUGAAAUGGAAGGACUCAGAUGAGGCAGACUUGGUUCUGGCAAAGGAGGCAAAUAUGAAGUCAUUGCCUUUUAUGAGGAGAGGCUGACUUGGCAUUCUUGUCCCGAAGA